AUGUCUUCUAUGCCUUCAACAAAAGAAUUCCUCUUUAUUAAUGAAUGUGGAAAAAAACAACAGUCUAAGACCAGUCCUCCAAAAGACUUGGAAAUUGAGUUUCCUCCAACAUUCGACUUUAACGAACUAGGUGACAAAUUUAAAAAUGGUAAAGGAAAGAAAAAACCUCCAAACGCGUUUAUUUUGUUUAGAACAAAAUACAACGAAGCUUUACAUCGCCGUGGCCAAUUCUCACCAAUGAAGGUUGUCUCUGGCUGGGCUCGAGAUGCCUGGAAUUUACUUCCAUUAUUUCAAAAACAGGAAUAUGAAAGAUUCGCAACAAGAGCUGCUUCUCUUUAUCAAGAAUGGGCCUUACAUUCUCCAUCUAGUCAUUCACAAAACGAUCGUAUUCGAAACAAACGUAUCCGUACUGCUAGCGCCGGUAUAUUUCAACCUGUCUUGAUACCUGUCGAAUCCGUUCUCUACGAUUUAAAUGCCGAUAUUUAUAAUAAUUUUCAAUUUUAUAACAUUGGUGACUUUGGCUUUUUUAACUCUGUAAAUUAUGAUCCAGACCUUGUCUACGAUGUCAACGAUUACACCGAUGGCCUCUCUGAAUCGGAUUAA